AAAGGCAUUCCUUUAGCACCAACUAUUGGAAUUACAGUAAUAUGUCAAAGAGACAUAAAUCAUUUGGAAAAAGUAACGAACAACCAACUUUAAAAAAACACAUUGUCACUGAUCGCAAAUAUGAAGAUUUAUGCCGUAAAAAUACCAUUGAUAAUGUAAUUGUGAAGGAAAAUAAUAAGCGAAUGGUCAUGGAAGAGACUUUACGCUCACUGGAUAAUACUUUUGAUGAGAUUAUGACGCGAAUCAAAAGUUCAUGGGCCAACGAUACUGCUCAAUCAUUAAAAGAUCUUUCAAACAGUGGCUAUAAAGAUAAGAAACGCAAAAAAAUACUAAAUUCAUUGUCAAAUGUAGAAUCGGCGUUUUUAGAUUCAUUUAAACGCAGUUGGUCAGACUUCAAACAACGAUUAAGAAUGCAAAUGACUAGUAAGGAGUGUGAAUUACAUAUAUUGCAUGAAGUUGCUGAUAAAAUAAAAAAAGAACUUCUCUCGUAUGAAUCAGUUUUUACUUUAACGGAAUCACAACAGAAGUUUUGUGAGAGAGGCUUUGUAGAGAACCCGUGUAAGCGACGAUCAAUUAAAUAUGGCAAAGCAGUAGAAUCAAAAUUUCCCUAUGUUCGGAAUAAAUUGCCUGAAAGAAUGCAAGAUUUUAAUACGCAAAGAUAUCACCAGCAAUUAGUUUUGCUUAAAAGAAUUCCAUUUGAAUUUGGUAAGUCUUUGGGUGAUGAUCGAUUGCGUUUUAUCCACUCAAACAACAACAAUUGCAAUAUGAUACUAUCAGAAGGCUUCCACUUUGGUCGAAUAGAAUUUGCUCUCAACGCUAAUGGGCAUUUAUUUGCAGUAAAAAAAUUUUCAAAAAAUAAUGACAUAUCGAUAAAAGUAGCAUCAAAGCUGACUCAACUAAUUGACGGCGGACUACUCGGUCUGAAUAACCCUAAUGUUUUACCUUACACCCAUUAUGUUGAGUAUACUAAAGGAAUAUGGCUAGUUAUGCCCGUUUGUGAUUAUAAUCUUGAGACAUAUAUUCAGCUAACAUACAAGAGACCUGAGCUUUUUAAUUUAAAUAAUCGAAACGCUGUAAAACAGAUAGUAAAUGGUAUGAAAUUUUUACACCAAUCAAAACCAAGUAUAAUUCAUGGCAACUUAAAACCAUCAAACGUGCUUAUUGGUGCCACUGGAUGUAUUCAUUUAGCUGAUUUUGGAAUGGCCGAUAUCUUAUACAAAGUGACUAAACCUAGAUCUUCAGACGUUAUAUGGUGGUCACGAGAAACUAUGGAACACUUUAAUGUGCACACAAAGAUAAUUUGUAAUAAAGAAACCGACAUCCAAUCACUUGGAAUGAUCAUUCACUUUACUUUAACAAGAGGUAUGCAUCCAUUUGGUCUAAAGGUUCAAGAAAUAAAUAGUAAUAAAAAAAAAGGACGUAAGGUUAUGAAAUUAAAUAACGUCGAACAAUACAACCUUGUAUCCCAAUGUUUAAACAAAAAUCCGUCAAAAAGACCUACUAUCAUUACUAUCAAUCAACACGUCUAUUUUUGGUCCGAUCAAAAGAAAUGGGAUUUUUUGAUUACUUGUGUUAGCUUACAGUACUUAGGAAACUCAAACAAUGAGAAUAACUUAUCGAAGAAAUUAGACAAGGUUGCCUCAGAAAAUUGGAACGAUUAUUUGCAUUCUAUUGGCAUAAAGAAUUCAGGAGAAUUUGGCCCAACUAAUUAUUGUAUGCCAAGCAAAUUUCUACAUUGUAUUUCUAACGAUACGUUGACAAUAGUUCGAAAUUAUCAUUAUGGACUGAAACAACUUGCCAUAGAUUACCUUACAUCAUUUCCAACACUUACAUUUGCCUUUGUCAAAUUAAUAAAGAAUUGUGAUUGGGCGAAUAUUGAGUGUUUUCAAAAAUUUUUUAACAGUGAAAAUUAAUUUCAAUUUAUAAAAAUUGUCGUUAAAUUUAUUUCAGUCUAAUAUUA